AUGGCGCAUGUCACCUUCAUCGCGCGGAGCUUGGAUGGACUGAUCUUGGUAGAAACGUGGGACGACUCCAACAAGGUUUCGAAGCAGAUCAAGGAUCAGGCCAAGCAGCUCCUCCGAAAGCUGCAUAACAUGCCGCCGAGAUGUUCCGUCGAAGGAGCUGGCGAAUUCGUUUUUCACUACACCAUGGAAAAUGGCGUUUGCUACAUGGCCCUCUUUGACAAGGGCUACCCAAAGAACCUGGCCUUUUGCUUCCUCGAGGAUAUCCACAUGCUCUUUCAGCAGGAGCUCCAGAGGGAGUUUGGCACAGGUUCUGUAGACUACCGGUCUCACAUUGAGACCAUUGAGAAACCAUACUACUUCAUCAAGUUCGACAGGCAAAUAACAAAGAAGAACACUGAGUACCGGGACCCGAAGUCCUCGAAAGCGCUCAGUAAACUGAACAGCAACCUCCAGGAAGUCUCAAACAUCAUGAGGCAGAACAUCGAUGAGAUUCUGAAGCGUGGCGAGAACCUGGAGUCCGUCGGGCGGAAGGCCAACAGCAUCAAGGAGGAGUCGAAGAAGUUCCGCAGCAUGACGCAGCAGCUGAGCUUUCAGACGAUGUUGCAGAAGUAUGGCAUCUUCGUGGUCGUGGGACUGAUGGUGUUCGUGCUCAUUUGCUUCAAGCUUCUCAAAACGUGA